AUGGCAUCCAAAGGGAGUGUUAUUUUAUAUAUCUUUCUCGUGACAUUCACUUAUGCUGAGGGCUAUGGAUAUGGCUCGUGCCAUUACAAGUGCGGGGGAUAUUCAUCAGAUUGUUCCUGUGAUUACAACUGUUGGACUAACGGCAAUUGUUGCAAUGAUUUCUGUGAGCAAUGUUCUUACAUGAGUAAUGGAUACUGUGAUUCCUAUCUCACAUCAGAAUCAACAUCAGCGACAGUCAUUCCUGAAACAACAGGGCCAGCAGCAUUCACUGUUGGUUCAUGCCGAUACAACUGCGGAAGAUAUUCAUCAGGAUGUUCCUGCGAUCACAACUGUGUUCACAAUGGCAACUGCUGCCCAGAUUUCUGUUAUCAAUGUCCUUACAUUAAUUCUGGAUACUGUGGAUAUACAACAACAGAAACAUCAACAACAUCAGGCUUUACUGAAACAACAUUGACACCAGGUAUGGAAAAUAUCUUCAAGAGAAUGUAUUAA